AUGGUGGAGGGAUCUUCGCUCUUGCCGUUAUCGAAAGACAGAGUUUUUGCCUAUUAUUGCACCGAAAAUAAGUAUAAUAAGGACUCGAAUUUAGUUGCCUCUUCGGUAUUCCACCGCUUAUCUAAUACUGAUAUGACUGGUAUAAAAUAUGUACGUCUGGUGGCAGAUGGCUGCGGGGGGCAAAAUAAAAAUUGUAUUUUGAUUGGAGCUUGCUCUAAAUGGCUUCUUACAAACAAAAACAUCGAAAGUAUCGAAUUAAUAUUUCCCGUCACCGGACAUUCUUUUAUGCCUGCAGAUAGACAGUUCAGUAUAAUCGAAAAAAAAUUGAAAAAGUACGAAGUAUUCCUGCACCCCGAUGAAAUAAGAAAUAUUAUAGGUAAAACUUCGACAUUAGUAAACUUAGGGGUAGACUGUCUAGUCAGUGACUGGAGAAAAGCUGUUAAGGAUAUUGUUAAACCAACAAAAUUCAGCCCAGAAGAUUAUUGCGAAGAGAGACUCGAUGAAUCGAAUGAUUUGCGAAUU